CCCUCAAGUGAAUUACCCAAAGACGGUCCAGAAUCCAGAAAGACGGGCAUAUGUCUAUAUUUUUGGCGCCAUUUUGUGCUUUCUCCUCCCGUCUCCUCUUCUUUUGUUGCUUUACCAUCUUCGUCUCUGCAGAUAAGAUAUUAUGGCGUCUGCUUCAGAUCAAGGUUUAGGUUUUGGAAGUGAAGAUAUCGAUGCGUCGAUUUCAGCUCUUCCAACUGAAGUGGAGCUUUUGAAACGCGCAUGGAGAAACGAGAAAGCUUCUCCUGAAAUUCUUCAAUUUCAGGAAGAUGUAGUAAGAAAUGCUAGAGUCCAAAUUCAAAAUAUGGAAGAUACUGUGGAAGCAUAUGCCGAAGAUGGCAAGGAUGCACUCACUGUAUCACUUUAUCAGAUGGACUUGGACAGGACUGAGUUUUUAUUGAGAUCGUAUCUUCGAACUCGCCUUCAAAAGAUCGAGAAGUACAUGAUUCACAUUUCGAAAACCGAUUUAUGGAAUAGGCUUUCUAAACCUGAAAAAGAGUUUGCAAAAAGCUGUAAGGAAAAUAUGGAAAAUCAUCUGAAGCAAAGUGUUUUAUCACGAUUGCCUUUUGGCUACCAGGAUUUUCUUAAGCAAUCUAUAUCAAGUGAAGAGGAUGAUAUGGUUCCAGAGCCGCAGCUGGACACAUUUGUCUUCUGCAAAAGCAAGGGGUCUGUUGGGUCAUUUCAGCUCGAUUCCGUUGGAGAUGAGGUUGUAGACCUGAUUGCGGGUGAUUUGUAUGUCCUAAGGUACAAGUCAAUAAAGCCACUUGUAGAGACAGGGCAGAUUGACCUUGUUUGACUCCUCUUCUCAGCUCAUCCCAAGUCGUUAUUCACCACAAUGAGAUUUAACAUGGUGAAAACUCGACAGUAGGUAAGUCAUGAUGGAAAAUUUCUUGCAUGAUGGAAGUUCAAGUGUAAGUUGUGCAUUCUUUGUCAUUGCCAUUCAUGUUGUUCAGCGUUGAUAUUCAUCAGCGAUUCUGUUCAGUUAUCUUUUGUCACCUCAGUUUUUUCUUAGAAACACUACUAUAAGUUUCUCGAUGUGCUGUAUAUUAUUAUACCCUUAAAACAUCAUACAAUAUGAGUUUAUUUGCUUUA